UACACGGGCUUUGUGGCUACUAUCGAGUUCAUUGAUGACGUGAGUACCCAACCAGCCAGUACGGCGGCCACGUUGGAAGUAUCACCAUAUCCAGCCAUUGCAGUUCAAAGGAACUUGAGGAACGACCAAUCUUGUGAGAUGACAAUCAAAUCAGCUGACAUCAAGUCUGGACAUUUCGAUUUACGUGGUAUACAAAAUUGGAAAACAAAUUGCACUAUUCGUUUCGAAGGGAGGGAACCGGAAAUCGUGCACAUAUCCUUGUUUAACUACGUGCUCAAAGCAAGUUCUUGUCAAUCAUUUAUUGAAAUUUACGAUGGACCAGAUAUAAGGUCAAAAGAUAAAACUAAACGAUUGUGUAGUCCCGUUGAGAAUCAUGCAAGGGAUACAAAUGGCAUGUUUCGUGAAAGACAAAUGUUUGUUUCGUCAGGAAAUCAUAUGACGCUCUUCGUCCGCAGAUUAAUGGCAAAUAAUCAAGACGAAGAGACUGAAUUUUUGGACGGUGCCUACAGUUUCUUUAAUGUAUUAGAAAGAGGAACAUUGCAACCGGACACGUUGUGUGAUGUUAACUAUAAUGGCCGAAGCAGUUCAUCUAGAGGGAAAUUAAAACAUCCAGGAACAGAACAAAUAUUUUGGAAUGUCGAAGGACAAUUGAGGUGUUCUCAAAAUCUCAUUCCAGCUACUAAUCAGAGCAUAAGCAUCAAAAUUAUAUCGUUGAAUAAGAUGUCUUCGGAUUUGUGCUACACCGAAUGUGGGGACGGCGGGUGUCGUUGUGUCAAAAAUGCUACAUCGGUCGUUGAUCAGCUGUACGUCAUCUCAACAAACGAUGACAUAUUGUCCUGCAUUUGUGGUGAUUUUCAGGCCGAAUGGUUGCCAGUCACUGUCAAAUCGUGGUCACCCAUCAAGUUGGUAUACUCAGUAUCAAAGUACAGCUGGUCCAACAAAGGAUUCGAAUACUCGGCCGAGUAUUCGUUCAAAGAAGAUAUGGUGUGCGGAUAUCGGGUCAUCAACCAACAUACCGGCAUACUCGAAUCACCAAUAAUGAUCAGAGAGAGUCCACUCAAUUUCUAUUACCAUCAGGAUUGCACGUGGUUACUGGAUUCAAAUGUCGAACGUCACUUGACCAUAGAAAUAGGAAGUUCGCAAAGUCGUCCCUGCUCAGCGUGGAAUAUAAGCAUUCACGAGUAUUCGGAAAGAUCAGAUGACAAAGCCGGUCCGAUAUUAUACACAUUCUGCUCCAGAGAAAAAAAUUCAACCAACACACUCCCGUGGCAAACGAAUAUCGUUGUAAUCAAGCUAAGAGUAAUGACACAGACUCCACCACAAUACUACAUCAAGUGGAGAUCCGACGUCGAUCGUGCCAGACUGUCUGGAUCGACGGCCCAUACAGCCGCUGCUAGUGGAUCAAUGAAAUUUGCAAACAACUGGACAAUAUUAUUACUUACCAUCAUAUUUCUUUACGUAAAACAAAUGAAAAACAGUUGAAUACUUGUAUUAUUGCCAAUAUAAAUAAAGCUUUUUUUACCUGCUUAGAAUUAAGUGUUAAGGUUUCUACAAAUAAUUGGACUAAAACGAGUACUUCCGUUUUUGACUGUUAGGGUUUGAUUGAUUUCGUGCCAAACUCUUAAAUAAAUAUUUUGAUUAGUAAUUUAUGAGUUUAUAGUCGUAGAUAAUCUGAUAAAUUAUUUCCUGAAUAUUUCCAUAUCAUCUACUGAAUGAUAAAAUUAAAAUUAAAAUCAAAAAUCUACUUGCAUCUAUCAUUUUUUGUUUGUAUAAUCAUUAAACUACGAAUACAAAUCAUUAUUCAAUCGGUUCUCAAUAAAAAUUGUAUAUGUCAUAUAAAUUAUUUUUAUUCUUAUACAUUGUUAACAUUAUAUUAUAUUCACGAAUAAAAUGUAACAUUUUUAUUUUACAACUAUAAUGUAUAUAGCCAAUAGCCAUAUAGGUUAGGUUAGGUUGCUAUUACGAUAUCAUAAUUGAAGAUCAUGAAACCUAUUUGGGACCUGCUCUCCUCCAAAAAAUAUUAUGAUGCUUAAAGUUUCCAAAUAUCAAUUAUAAAAUUAAUUCAAUUAGUAUGCUUUUUUUUCAAUUUUAAAUAUGUAUUUAUCAGGUACUUCUGUUAUUCUAGUUUAUUAUGCAAAUUCUUAUGAAAGUACCAAAUGAUUUUUUUAGAAUAAAACCAAGUAUAUUUUAUAUUUAUAUUGGUUACAUUUUCUGUAAGCACUCAUAUUUAUACAUUCAUUUUUAAACAGAUAUUGAGUUUAGAGGUUCAGUUUGACCUCUGCUUAAAUUUGAGACCCGACACUGUUACAUAAAAUAAAAAAUAGAUUUUACUAUACCAAAAGAUUUUUAUCAUUGCCGCGAUGGUGAUAAAAUAAUAAAAUAUAAGAGGUAGCAAUACUUCAGGAAUAUUAAUUUUGUUAGAUAAUUGUAAAUCACCUACACUUUUUUGUUUAGAUAAAAUAUUAAACCAACCUUUUUUGUUUUAUUAUGAUUCAUGGUACAGCUUCAACUGCUAAGGUUAUUAGCUUGAAACAAAAAAUGAAAGCAUUUGGUUACAUAAUAUAAAACCAACGUUUUAUUUUCUAUAUUAAUACAAAAUUCUUGAACAUUGAAGUGUUACAAAUUAAAACUAUAUUGACGUGAAAAAGAAAUAAACACCUUUUAUAUUUAAUAGUUGUAAAUACACAUGGGCAUCUUAGCUUCCUGUAUUUUCAGUAUGAAAAACGGGAAAAUAUGCUGUCCCACUAUAAAUAUUAAGGUACUUUUGAUGAUAACAAAUACAUACAUUAAAACGAUAUUAUUUAUGAUGUUAAAAUUAAUGAUAAUAAUUACUUGAUUAUUACUAACACAUUGUUAUACAUUAAAAUAAAUUGGCCAUUUAAAUUUAAGAUUUUUAAAAUAUAUAAAUGUUUAAUAUACUGAUAGGUGCAUGUAGUAGUUAUGUACAAGAAUAAAGUCCUACAAAAAUAUUGUUGACGUCAGCCAGCCAAAAUUGCACUAACAAAAAGAUAUUAGCACUUGCUAAUUUGAUAAAGCCACUUUUAUUUGUAUAUUACGUUAAAAUAUUAGUUAUAAAUUAUAAUAUGGUUAGGUUUACAAGUAUCCUUUUUAUGUUUGGUUUAAAUGAUUGUGUAAAUAAUUUUAAAUAAAAUAAUAAUCAUAAUAAAUAAUUUUAUACCAUUAUUUAUUGAUUAUUAGACAGUUUUUGACUGUUUUAUUUUCGUUGAAUAUCUUAUGUAACACAAUCUUAUGAACGUAUUAUGUUUAUGUUUAAUGUAUAUAAUUAUUGUUAAUGAAUUAUUUAGGAAAUCAUAGUAAAAUGUUGACUGUUGGGAAAUUGUCCAAUACUGUUUGGAACUAAUUGGCUAAUAUGUGCAGUGAAUACAUUGUUCAUUAAAUAAUAAACUAAUUUUUAUCGCCAUAGUAUUUUAAUUUAUCAUAAUUCUUAAUUUGUAUUAAUAUUUAGGAAUAUUUUACUCGGCUCAAGUACAUCUUUUGUGAAAAUACUAAAUAGCUUACUUUAUUGCAUACACAGUAAUAACUAUCAUAAAUAUAAACUUUUUUUUUCCGUUCAAAAACAGGAAACGUGUGAGAACUGUUUAGCACAAUACUAUCACGCCGGAUGAUAUGUUGAGGAGAAAGCGAACUGAGGCGUCAGCGGAUAAACAAGAGGCAGGAUGGUGGAGACUAUAGGGCUGCCCGAAUAUGCUUAUUUUGUGGGCCGGUGGCCUGCUUGUUCAGGGUGGUUAGAGGUCCCGUCAUUUAUAUAGUUAAUUAUAAUUUGAGUGUAUUUUACGAAGAAACGAUAAGGGACCAUAAGUUUUUAAAGGUACUCAAUAUUUUUAUUUAUAAUAAUAGAGAUGACAAAACUAAAUAGCUGAUCAAAAGUUCUAUUUUUAAAAUGACCAAAAUAAGGUCCACAUAUUUUUUUUAAAUUAUCUAACAAUUUACAACAAAUCGAAUUACUGUCAAUGUAGUGGAGCAUUUAUUUCCACCUAUUAAAAUAAUUUACAACAAUUUUUUAGGAAUGGUCCACUGUUGCCCUACAAAUCUGGGAGAACAUGUUUAAUAUAAAAAUAAAAUCCCAUCAAACUGCGAGCAUGAACUUGGCUGCACUAAAUUUAAAUUGACCCUAUGUGAAAA